CCGCAAGAUUUGAUUCAUGAGAGAGGUUGAGGCCUUCAUUUUUACACCAUCGCACCUCUUUUAAACCUGUUUUCAAUUGCCUUCUUGUAUAAUCGAAUCUUGAGUUCCUUCUUUGAAUACUAACAAAUUUCGUCAGAUUCGUUUUUUGACUGAUCCCGAGUGGCCAAUUGUUUGAACUGUUUGUUACAAAUGACAUCUCUCACUCCUGACCAACUCUCAGAGACUUUUGACCUUUUGGAUGUUGACAAAGAUGGGCGGCUUUCGCGGAAUGAAAUCGCUGCUCUUCUGAGAACUAUCAAUGUGGAGCCAACUCGCGUGGAGUUGGACUUCAUUUUUGGAGAAAUGGAUACAGAUAAAACCGGAAAAAUCAGCAAAGAAGAGUUCGUCAACUACAUGAAGUCUCCUCCAAUUCACAGAACCACUCUCCGCGAACUCGAAGUCCAGUUCCGCAAGUUUGAUUCAGAUGGUGACGGAGCUAUCACUGAAGACGAGAUGGCCGAAAUUCUACGAAGAACCGCUGAUCUAGGGGAUCGCGCAGCUAUCAGCGACAUGUUCAAGGCGACUGAUUUGAAUGGGGAUGGUAAAAUUACCUUCUUCGAGUUUGUGAAAAUGAUGCAAGAAUAGAUAAAUUUACCUGAGAAUACACCUAAAUUAAUAUGAAUCGCAUUUACACCCCCACUUCUAUUUCAUCUGUCCUGUCGUGUUUAAGCUCACCACCCCGUGUUGUUCAUUCCUUUCCAGAAUCUUCUUUUUUUUAAUGUACCACUUUUACCACUGAAUAAACUAGUCGCACUUUCAACA